AUGGAGAAAAUAUCUAAAACCGUUCCUCAAAAGGAAAAAGCCUCUUCAUCGCGCCCAGCCGGCGAUAAAGCGCCGGUGGAGACGCGCAUCAAGGAGUGUGUUCUGGGGUCGUGCGAUCGUACCUCCGACUUCAAAGUCGAGAAACCCUCUUCGGUCCCUGGCCGAUGUCUCGAAGAUGUUGCCGAAAUGAGGCCGCCCCCGCUUGGGGAACAGGAGGUUCCGAAGCCGUCGAAAGAGAAGAAAAGGAAAAGGGUCUCGUCUUCCGAUACUCCGAAGCCCAAAAAGAGAAAAGCUCGGAAGCACCGAAGCUUCAAAGCAAUUGAGCCGGUGACAGUCGAGGAGGCUCAUCUUCAGAUCGAGGAAAUCUCGGAAGAUUAUCCGCGCAAAGUCCUCGAGUCAUCAGAGGCUGAAGAUGUCUACCGCCGUGACGAACAAUCGGUUGUGACGCUUCAUCAGGAAACAUUUUCCAAAUCCCGAGCUGAGCUGAACCGGUGUGAGGCCGAUCUCAAAAGGCUCACGGAGGAGAGAGAUGCCCUCAAACUCCUCUAUGUACAAAAAGGAGAGGAGAUCAGGGACCUCCGAGCUGAAUUAGCAAUAGCUCAUAAGGAGCAGACCGAUCUCAUCGAGCAGGUUCGGCAGAAGGCCGAAAAGAUCGAGCAGCUCUGUGAGGAGGCUAAGAUGAAAGAGGCAGAGACUUUCGGGUGGAAGCAGAACAUGGACCAUCUGGCCUCAAAGAAAGAUACUGCUCGAGCCCAGCUAUCUUCGGUUGAGCGUCAACUCCAGAGCAUGAAGGAAGAGAGCUUGGCCCGAGCCAAGAAAAUUGAAGAGCUCAAGACUCGGUUGGCCGCUGAGCUUGCAAAGGCCGCAUCUGAAGCGGAAAGAGUAAAGGCCAAUGCGGAGGCGGUCGUGGCCGUCUACCGAGCUGAUGCCGAAGUCGCUAACGCUCGAGCAAAGGAAAUUUCUGAUGUUGCUCAGGUUCGAUUAUCCUGCAUUGCUGAGCAUGCUAAGUGCCAGUCUCAGAGAGAGACUCUCGAAGAGAUUCAUGCUCGUGGUUUUGACCUUAUGGCUGAUAUCGUGAAUGCAAAAGUGCUAGAGGCCGAAGCCAAAGCCGAAGCUUUUCUCUCUGGUGAUUAUGACUCCGGGAGCGCAAGUGGAUCCGAGAGCGGAGAAGAUAAAGAUGGAGCUCCCGGGGAAGAUUAG